CACCGAAUGAACCACACGCAUUCCCAACUCCAAAUUCCAGAAUUGAGAAGCAUAUCAUAUCAUGUGACAUGUCUUUGUGCUUCUAUCACGUGAAACUCCACCUGAAAAUCCAAUCGAAAGGCCCUUAAUCAAUUUAAUAUAGAAAACGGUCCCACCAAUAAAGACCUGGUCCAACUUGGAUGGUCAGGAUGAAAGCAAAGUUAAAACCAGCCAACAGUAAAAAACGCAUACAAGCCACCAUUUUCCCUGCAGCUAUAAUUCGUCAUCUUCUUUAUAUUCCGCCGCUGCUUAAUCCAUAAGCUUCUCAAACCAUCCUCUUUCUAUGCUUUUCUGUCUUUUGAUUGUUCACACGCCACAACUGUGUCUUCUUGUCCGAUCAAAAUAACCAAACUGGUGCAGAACAGAGAGUGAGAGACAUCAGAAUGGGAAAUGAUAGGAAGAUUGGCGUUGCCAUGGACUUCUCAAAGAGCAGCAAGAACGCGCUGGAAUGGGCUGUGGACAAUUUGCUUGACAAAGGUGACACCCUUUACAUCAUCCACAUCAACCCCAACUCCCUCGACGAGUCUCGUACCCAACUCUGGGCCCAAUCUGGUUCUCCUCUGAUUCCAUUGACGGAGUUCAGAGAGCCCGAGAUCAUGAAGAAGUAUGAUGUGCAAACUGAUAUUGAAGUUCUUGAUACACUUGACACUGCUUCCAGGCAGAAAGAGGCGAACAUUGUGACAAAACUGUACUGGGGAGAUGCAAGGGAGAAGCUUCUUCAGGCGAUUGAAGAUCUGAAGCUGGACUCUUUGGUCAUGGGAAGCAGAGGCCUUGGUACCAUCAAAAGGAUCCUGCUGGGGAGUGUGAGCAACUAUGUGCUGACAAAUGCUCCAAUCCCUGUGACCAUUGUCAAGGACCCAAGCUUGCAACACCAUUGAAUCAUGGACGGUUGGAAACUUUGGAUUUGGUUUUUCAAUAAUGUUUCAUCACCUUUGGCAUGGGCAUUGCUUAAUUUUUAUGUUUUACUUGAUCGUGGUUUACUAGAACAUUUCAAGUUAUGAUGUCUAAACGGAUGGAAAUGUACUCUGAUUUGAAUAGCAAUGAAUUUGUGUGUAUUAAUUUGGUUUGUCUCA